UAAAAUGAUAUUUUGUAUUUUAAUCACAACAAAUAUGGGUAUAAAUAUUUUGUUAUUUUUAUUAUUAAUAAAUUCGGAACAAUCUAAGAGUGUACUGCUCAGAGGAGAAAGAGCUCAAGAUGGUCAGUUUCCUUGGUUAAUACAAUUUCAAACAAUAGCACCAUGCGGUGGAGUUCUUAUAUCAUCAGACUGGGUUUUAACUGCAGCACAAUGUGUACAAGACAAGAGAAACUCCAUUGUUUUAUUUGCGACUGGACUCAAUGGAACUGAUACUAAACAAACAGUAUCUGUAAAAGCUACGUACAUACAUCCUCACUAUGAACCCUAUUCUGUUCUUCCUGAUCGAGACUAUAAUAUAGCCCUUAUGAAACUUAAUAAAUCAUUUGACAUGUGUAACAGCAAAAUAAUAUUACCAAAUAUACCUGUCAAAUAUGAUACCAAUUAUGCACCAUGUUUAAUAUUUGGAUGGCAAAGCUAUGUUUCAUCAUUUUCCAAAGUUUUGGCUAAACCUAUCCAGUAUAGUGAAGUAAUUCUUAGUUCCUGGAAAUUAUGCACAUAUAUGAUAAAAACAAGCACAAAUUAUACAAAUGUAUUUUGUACAAUGGUGGAAUUUAAAGAUGAAAUGAAAGCAUGUGCUGGAAAUCCUGGGUCACCAGUUGUAUGUGAAAAUCAACAUCAUGAAACAGCUUUACUUGGAAUUGCAUCUUGGACAAACUUUUCUUUAGAAUGUGGAGAUCUUCCAACAUAUGUUGAUCUUGAUGCAUUUAGGACAUGGAUAAAGGAGUUAAUUUUCAAUGAUAAAGAAGUAGAAAACUGGAAAGACAAUCAUAGAUCAAAUGAAAACAACUGCAAAUUUAAAGAAAAUACAAAUGUAGAUAAUUUACGGAAUAACACAAAUUUUUUAAGAAUAAAUUCACAAAUAAAUGAUUGGCCAAUAAAUGCCAAAAUAGGAACACAAACUGCAACAUCUAUGGAACAUAAAAAUCGAUCCUUUAUUUGGAGUAGAUUAUACAUUCCUAUUUCCCACAAGUUUAAGUAUAUAAAUGUAACUUCUUUUCGUCCUAAUAAUCUAUCACAUACACAUACUGUGGAUAAAGCAAUUAGUACUAAUCACUACAAAGAAAUUGGUAAAACUAAAGAUUCUUGCAAUAAUCAGACCAUAACAAAUUUAAAAAAAGGACAGUUAAGUCUCUCAAAUAAAUCAAGAUUAUGUAAUAGUAAAAAACGUGAUAAAAUUAUAAAAAAACACAAUAAUGAUCAUGUAGAAUCAACUCAUUUUGAAUAUUUAUUACCACUUUACUUUGAAGAAAUAACAACUUCUCAUUCGAGGAUUAUUGUUGCACAUUCAAGGAGUUUAUACUUUCUUUCCUUUAUAUUUUUGUCUUUACAUCAUUAUUUACAUGUAAUAUAUUUUAUUUAAUAGUAUGUAUGUAUAAUAUG